AUGGUGGAGGAGAAUCCUCGUCUGAGGAAAAAGGAGGGCAUUUCAGAAAUUGUGAAAGGUGUAAUCAAGAUUUUGCGGCUGAGCAUCGCUGGAAUGAAUAAGUCAAACCUGACCUACAGAUUAAGCCCAGGAUCACCACUCUGUGAUGGGUUUAAUUUAAGGUCAUUUCGCUGGGCACAGACCAUGAUCUUUGCAUUACAUGAAAUAAACAGUGACCUUAUGCUCCUGCCAAACAUAACAUUGGGCUAUGAGAUAUACGACACCUGUACCACUCCAGCUCAGUCACUGAGAGCAGCGCUCACAUUAGCAAGACACAAGGAAGAUGCUUCUGAUGGUAACUGUAUGGAGACUUCCUCCAAUUCUGUCAUUGUCGGUGAUUCAGGAUCAACACAGUCGAUCGUUGUGGCAAAAACACUGGGACCUCUCCACAUUCCAAUGGUCAGUUACUUUUCAUCUUGUUCCUGUCUCAGUAACAGAGAAGAGUUCCCAGCCUUUUUUCGAACAAUACCAAGUGACACCUUUCAGGCCAGAGCAGUAGUGCGCCUGGUGCAGAGGUUUGGCUGGACCUGGGUUGGCUCAGUUGCAGGUGAUGAUGACUAUGGUCGGUACGGAACUCAAGCGUUCACUGAUGAAGUUAAAAAACUGGGAGUGUGCAUUGCCUUCACUGAGCUCAUUCCGAAGGUAUAUUCCAGAGAAAGAAUCCUUCAAAUAACAGAGACAAUCAAAAGAUCUACGGCAAGAGUUAUUGUCAUGUUUGCCCUUGAGGGAGAUGCAUAUCCUCUGAUUAAAGAAGUUGUCCAGCAAAACAUCACUGGGCACCAAUGGAUCGCCAGCGAGGCUUGGGUCACCUCAUCUCUCAUGGCAACAGCAGAACAUCUUCCAGCCUUGGAUGGGACAAUAGGGUUUGCCAUUCCCAGAGCAGAAAUUCCAGGGCUGAGAGACUUUCUGCUCCAAGUGGAUCCUUUUAAAUCUCCUGAGAAUGGACUGGUGAAAGAAUUGUGGGAAACAAUGUUCAAAUGUUCAUUUAAUUUGAAAAGUGACAUUGCGAAGUGUACAGGAUCUGAAUUUCUCAACAGCAGUUACACCAUCUAUUCAGAUGUCUCAGAGUUGAGAAUUUCCUAUAAUGUAUAUAAAGCAGUCUACGCAUUUGCUCAUGCCCUUCACAAUUUAUAUUCUUGUGCAAAUAAUAACGAUCCAUUUGACAAUAAAACUUGUGCGAACAUCAUUGACUUUAAACCUUGGCAGCUCAUGCAUUACCUGAGAGAAGUGCGGUUCACCAGUAAGUUAGGAGAAGAAAUCUACUUCGAUGAAAAUGGUGAUCCUGUUGCAACUUAUGAUCUCGUGAACUGGCAGCAAGAAGAUGCUGGUCAGGUCAGCUUUGUGCCAGUGGGACAUUUCAAUGGUGCUCCAAAUUCAGGACAGGAUCUGGUGGUAAAUGAGACGGCCAUUGUCUGGAAUGGUGGUAAGGCUGAGGUUCCCCAAUCGAUGUGUAGUGUGAGCUGCCGCCCUGGUACAAGGAAAGCAGCUCAAGAGGGAAGAGAAACAUGCUGCUUUGACUGUGUGCCAUGUGCCGAGGGCCAGGUGACCAGCGCUGUCGAUUCCAUAAACUGUAUUCCGUGUCCCGAGGAUUCCUGGUCAAACCUACAGAGAAACAAAUGCAUCCCAAAGGAACUUGAGUUUCUGUCCUUUGCAGAGCCACUGGGCUUGAUGCUGACAACAGGCUCAGCUCUUGGGGCUCUCAGCACAAUCAUCGUUGCGGCAGUUUUAUUAUAUCACAGAGAUACUCCAAUUGUCCGAGCCAAUAACUCCAAGCUCAGCUUCCUGCUGCUCUUUUCUUUGACAUUCUGCUUCUUGUGUUCACUCACCUAUAUGGGCCAGCCCUCCACCUGGACUUGCAUGCUGCGUCACACAUUGUUUGGGGUGAGCUUUGUUCUGUGUAUUUCUUGUGUUCUUGGAAAAACUCUGGUUGUGCUGAUUGCUUUCAAGGCAACUCUUCCCAAUAGUAAUGUGUGGAAAUGGUUGGGCACUCUGCAGCAGGUACUCAGUGUUUUCAGCUGUACACUUAUACAGGUCAUCAUCUGUGUUGUGUGGCUUCUUGUGUCACCACCCUCUGCAGCAAGGAACGUUGAGUAUUCCAGUGAAAAGAUUCUUUUGGAAUGUAAUCUGGGCUCAGUGUCAGCCUUUUGCUGUGUGUUAGGCUAUAUAGGUUUUUUAUCCUGUAUGAGUUUUGUGCUUGCAUUUCUCGCACGAAAGUUGCCAGAUCAGUUCAAUGAGGCUAAAUUGAUCACCUUCAGCAUGCUUGUUUUUGGUGCUGUUUGGUUGGCCUUCAUACCUGCGUACGUCAGUUCCCCUGGAAAGUAUACAGUCGCUGUGGAAAUCUUUGCUAUUUUGUCAUCAAGCUUUGCUGUGCUGAUCUGCAUAUUUGCUCCCAAAUGUUACGUUAUUUUGUUAAAACCCCAUAAAAAUACCAGAAAGCAUCUCAUGGGUAAAACAUGCCCCCAAAAAUCCUUUUGA